AUGGAAGCCAUGUCAGCAAUUACACCUGCUGCACAUAGAGGUUCGGUUGUACAUUCUAGACCUUUUUCGCUAGUUGUAUCGCCAUGUCUACAAAUUCAUUUACAAAAUGCCAUGAGGUUUAUAUCUGAUAUCUUUCCUGUUCUUGAAAUUUCAUAUGAAUUGAGUAAAUUUUCUAUGGUUGUUUCCGGUUUUGCCCUUCCUCUUGUGUACAGACCCAGGCUUCUGUUGUGUGGGAUUAAGGGUGUUGAGUUGGAUCAUUUGGGACCUUCUAUUCUACAUGAACUGGAAAAUUUUCCUGUUCAUGCCCUUGGACUUUCAUCUCUUUUAUCUGAUCUGAGUGCUAAGACACCAAAGGAAACUUUG